AUGUUGGCUGUUGAUGCUGUCGCCUCGGUCCGAGUCGGCCAAGUUGGUGACGUCGAUCAGACCGAUCGCGUUGGCGAUGACGGCUGGGUCGGGGUCGGUCGGGCUGAAAAUGACGGUCGGGUCGGUACCGGCCAACACGGCAUCAACACAACUCCUCGCGCCGCUUCAUCGACUUUGCUCGCCUCAUCAAUCGCGGGCAAGGUGUGGCAGGCAGAGCUUCCGUCAUCGUGCUCGCUGUCCAUGCUUGCCGGCUCGGGCACCUUUGUUAUCGUCGUUGCUUGCCCUCAGACAGGCAUCACCGAUGGCGCCCUGCUCAUGGGCUCGCUGAGCUACUACAACAAUACCCUGCUGCUGCGCUAUGUCCGCGGCGCGUCCAAGUUCUCCAUCGCAGAUGGGGAGCUUGGCAUGCUACAACUUGCCGCCGCCACCACCGAUGGCUCCGCGCUUUCCGUCGUCUCGUCCACCAACUUUCCGGCGUCGCCGACGCGACUCACCCUCGCUUCCGACCCGCCUGAUCCGCUGGCGCGCGGCGGCGGCUGGUUUGCCUCCGACCUCUCGCUCUUCUUUGCCGGUAAUAUGGUCGUCAUCAUGAACGAUGGCGAGAACCCAGCGGCUGACGCCGUCUCGGUCGGGAUCUUCUCCUACGCCGCCGUCUCUCGCACCCUAGCCAUCAAUCUGGGCGUACACAUCCAGGCCUCGCCGUCGACUCUCCCUCCGCCACCGCCAUCGGGCGUCCUCUCGUACACCCUCACGUUUGGCUCGGCGUCUGCCAUGCGCGCCGAGCUGCCCGACGGCCGUCGCUGGGAGCUUUCUCGGCGGGCCAUCGCGCCGUUCGCCGGCCUCGCUUUGAGCGAGGCCUUCCCUAUCACGCUCUCGUCGUCGGCUGAUGCCACCUGCCAUCUGCUUCUUGAGCACACGGCAGCCGGCCUCGCUAUUGCCGUCGCCCACGACUGCCAGGUCCCGGCGUCGCCGUCCACUGCUAUCGCCUUUCUCGGCUCGUACGCGGCCGUCUCGGCCUCGUGCCUCCGGCUCCGGCGCAUGCUCUCGUACCCGACGCUUGGCGCUCCAUCCGGCUUGCUUUCAUCGUCCAUAGAGUACAAGGCUACCUUUGGCGGCGCGCGUGACGCAUCGAUGCGCUGGGAGCGCGCCGACGGCGCCGUCCACCAGCUCGUCCGCCUCGAGAGGCCGGCCACAGCAUGCAAGAUAUCCUUGUCCAUGGCCGGAACGCUCGGUACCACCGUCUCGGCUGCCGUCCUCCGCAACCGCCUUGCAUCACUGAUUGACCUCUCCUCCUUUGGCGUCGCCAUCGGCGGCGGCCUUCAGCUCUCAGCCACACCGUCCGAGUUUGCCAUCGACGCUUACUUUGCCGGCGCGGCGCUCGCGCCCGACGCCAAGGACAAGCUUGCUGCUUUGCUCGUCGCAGCUCGCCACAGCGGAUCAACGAUGCUGUCGGGCACCCAGCUCACAGGCAUUGACAUGAGCGGCUGCGCCUUGCCGCUUCUGGCCAUCGAAGCCUGCCUCCCGUCGGCAGCCAAUCCGUGCGUCUUGCCUUCAAGUGGCGGCACGGUGGUGAUCUCGGGAACCGGGCUCUCCGGCGCGUCGGUAGCGUUUGACGUCGAUGGCGUCCGCGUGGGCCACACGGUGACAACUAGAGCCUCGUGUGCGGCUUGUCCAGCCCAGAUCUCUCUCCCGAUCCCAGCAACGACGAUGUCCCGCGGUUACCUGGCACUCAACGCAAGCGGCGUUGGCGGCCGCAGCCUCGUCAGCCUCGCUCGAGUGUUUGUCGACAACGCUGCAGCGAGCGUUGGUUGCGUCAUGCCGUCACGGGUUUUUACAGGCACAUCGUGCGUCGCUUGUCCAGACUGCGCCGUCUGCCCUGGCGGAUCGCGGGCAUGGCCGCGCGCAGGCUGCUGGUCGCACUCGGAAGCCGAUCGUCCGCGCGAGUGCUCCGUCGGCCACGCGUGUUGCGGCGCUAUUGGCGAGUAUCCGGACGCCUGUCCUGCACGUCAGCUGCCUUCGGGUGCGCGCGACACCCAGCGGUGCGAUACAAGUCAGGGCGCCACCGGCGAGUACUGCUCCGAGUGCCUGCCAGGCUACUUUCGCGACGCCGGCCGGUGCUUUGUCUGUGACGAUGAGAACAAGGCCCGGUUUGCUGGCCUCGUUCUGGCUGGCAUUAUCAUGGCCGGCGUCAUUGCGGCAGCCAUUGCCCUGCUUCCGGUCGCCUACCUUGUCCGCGCCGUCGCGCUCCUGGUGCUCCUCCAGCAAGUGGUCUACGCCGGCCGCGAUCUGGCGACCCAUGUCUCGGGCAAGCGCGGGCAGCGAUUGGCCGAGCUCUUCCGGGCGCUCUCGAUCAUCUACCUCGAUGUCGGUUUUCUUGAGCUCCCCUGCCACGUCAACGACGCGCUGACGUAUGUCGAUCUCUUCUGGGGUACGCUCGUACUAGGAGUAGGCAUGUUGAGUCUGAUGGUCGGCGCAGCGGGGAUCUGGUGGUGCUGCGGGCGGCGUGUGCUGUCGCAGCACGAAGAGUCGUACACCUCGUCGAGCUGGGCCACAGGCAGGUCGUGGCAGUCGCAGGCGUCGGCGAUCAGCGCGGCACCGAGCGCGUCGAGCACAAGCGCCACCAGCACUGACUCGGCGGCGGGCGCCGUGGUGGUUGCCAAGGUCAACACGUCGACGCUAAGUCGACGGGUGGUGCUGGCGCUGGUGACCGGCGCCACGGUGCUCUACCUGCAGAUCACUCAGCUGUGCAUCCAGAUGGUCCACUGCAGUGACGGGAGGCUCGCGGUGGACAUGUCGAUGACAUGCUACGAGGGGAGGCACCGGACGGCAGCGGUGAUGGCCUGGAUUCUCCUCUUUGGCUUUGUCGCCGCCUUUCCCAUCACCAUCGGCAGUCUGCUGGUGUGGCACGGCCGGGCCGGUGAGUGGCACAUGCUCGCCACCACCUACGCCUACCUCACCCGUGGCCUCCGUCGCAGAGUCUACUGGUUUCGCCUCUCACACUUUGUCUUUACCCUAGUCCUUGUUCUUGUUAGCAAUCUGACAAGCGCCGUCUUCAUCCGAGCCCUGCUCACCGCAAGCGUGUUUGUUAUCAAAGGCGUCGCCGUCGCCGUCCUCUGGCCGUACGUUCAGGCCUGGAACUCGUGGCUCUCGAUGGUCAUCGGCCUCGCCGCCGCCGUUCAGACCGCGCUCUUUGUCUCGCUCCGCCAGUUUGGUGACGAUCGCGCUUCGGCCAAGGAAAAGCGCGUUGCCCGCUGGACCACAGGCGCUGUUGUGGCUGUUUUUGUUGUGGCUGUUGCUGCAGCGAGAAUGCUCCGCACCCUCGUCCUCGUCGAGGCCGAGUUCAAGCGAUGA